AUGAAGCGAACGUUCAACCUACGCCAACAUGUCCGCCCAGUUUUGGAUGAGGAGCCUCCAAGGCCGAAGGAAAACUUGAUCGAGGAUGCCAACAGAUCCCAUGCGCUUUUGGCCGAGGACUACAGGGCGCCGACUAUGGCGGGCCGCCUAUGUUCGAUGAGGAGCAGCCAGCGACUGAAGAACAUGUCUGCAGCAAUUUCACCAUGUCCGACCCCAAUUCCGACACGGCGACACCAUCUCCGGCUGCAAUUGUCGAUCUCGUCGCCGUUCAAAGACUGCUCAUCGUCUCCGCAUAAUAAUCGUCCACAGCGUCCUCGACCCGCCCCUGCGGCCGUGGAGCUCCCAGAACACGGCAAAGAGACCACCGCUGAACAGUGGUUUCGAACAACUGUCCGCCGGACCUCGAAAUUUGAACACGGACAUGUUGCGAUGACGGAGGCGGCCAAUUUCGUGAUUAUUCAGACGGCAACGGGGCAUUCAACGGUCAGAUUCAUGGAGAUUCCGGCGGCUACGGGAAGUGCGCGCGUGUGUGCGUGUGUGUGUGAACUGUGUGUGCUCGCGUGUGGUCUCUGUGAACGGCGGGCGAUGGCGGUUGAACGGCUGCCGGAGAUGGCAGAGACGCGGCGGAGCUGUGUAAUAUGUGUGUGUGGGUGA